AUGACCAGCUCUUCAACCAGCCCGGCGGCAGCGAAUGACAGGUCACAGACAGCAUCGCCGACCCGCGAACAACCUCUUGCCACAGCUAAUGAGGCUGCCACUCUAGAGGUUGAUGAUGCAGCCAGCGUUGAUGGGAAGGCCUCCAGUAUCAGUGACCAAAUCUCAAACUACACAGCAUCUUUGACUUCCAGUGUGAUAGACUAUCCCACAGAAUACGGCCGACGAUAUCAUGCAUUCCGUGCGGGAGCAUACUUGGGCCCGAAUGAUGAGUUAGAGAUGGACCGACUCGACUUUCACCACACCUACAUGGUGAAGAUCCUUGGCAGGAAGCUGUUCUUGGCCCCAAUUCCAUCCGAAACCACCCAUAGAAUUCUUGACGUUGGCACCGGCACCGGCAUUUGGGCCAUCGAGGCAGCAGACGUCUUUCCCAAUGCAGAGAUCUUAGGAAACGAUUUGAGCGCGAUUCAACCAUCUUGGGUUCCACCGAACGUCAAGUUCGAGGUUGACGACGUUGAAAGCUCCUGGGUAAACGAGCAGAAAUUCGACUGCAUCUUUUGUCGAUACAUGGCCGGAUCUAUUGUCGAUUGGCCCAAGCUCAUGAAACAAAUCUACGCAAAUCUCAAACCCGGAGGCUGGGUCGAAUUCCAAGACUACGACAUCAACUAUGUGUCGGAAGAUGGGACCCUGACUGAAGAGCACCAAACCGACCGGUGGAGCAAACUCUUGAUCGAGGCCUGCAGAAAGAUUGGCCGUGAUCCUUGCAUCGGGCCGCUGCUCGAAGGCUGGGUCGAGGACACAGGAUUCGUUGAUGUCGUCCAUCAAAAGUUCAAGUUGCCCAUUGGACCAUGGGCCAAAGACCCCCACUACAAAGAAAUUGGCAUGAUGAACCUCAUCCAAAUGUUGGAUGGUUUGGAGGCAUUCAGUCUGAGGACCUUCUGUGGCGUUCAUGGAUGGACCAGGGAGGAGGUUUUGGUCCUGCUGGCCGAAGUGCGCAAGGAGCUGAAGGCUGGGAGCUUCCAUGCCCACACUGCGAUCCAUGUGGUUUAUGCACAAAAGCCUGAAGAAGAGGAGGAAACCUCGUGA